CCUUGGUUUCCUUGCGGUUUCCACUUCUCUGACCUUUCUUAACGCUGUUUCGUUAGCUUUUACGGCUUCUAGUUCUUAUAUUUGGUCGUUGAAACAGCUCCGCUUGAUCCCCACUUCAUUUACUUUUCGGUUCUUUAUAUCAACUCGGACUUUUGAAAAGUCUAUUGAAUAUUCCCCAUUUUGUGGCUUUAUCCAGGUACUAGCGUCCUUUAUCUUCUACAAUUAUUUGAUUUUGAGGGUUUUGUUAGGCGGUGAAGCACUUCAUCCAUCUUGGAUUUCUGAGAUUUACCCCUUUCUUGCUUGGUUUUCUGCAUCUCUUGUGAUCACCUAAUGGUCAAGUUCACUACCAUCUUCUCUCUAUUGAUGGGCGCUUCAUCUAUCCUUGGAGACCUCGUGUUCCUUUUGCUGUUAAGAGCCUAGGAUUUGUUUUCCCCAUUUUCUUGGCACCCAAACGACGCGAUUCGGGUGUCUGCUUCAAUGAACAAUUUGCUUUCUCUUCAGGUUAUAUAGGAUUGUUGUCUCUUAUUUAUUUAUCAGUUUACCUGCAAUCCAUCUGCACUGACUGAAUUCCUCAAUUUCGCCCGGUCAGCUUGAAGAUAGAGAAUGCUUGGUUUGAGGAAAUCUCCCCUAAAAUUUGUUAAACACAGUUCUGCUGAACCUGUCUAUCCUGUUAAAUCGGGAUCAAAUCCAUUUGAUUCUGAUGAUGAUGAGCCAAAGGAAAACCCAAAAAAUAAUUCCUCGAAUAGGACUCGUUCGGACCCUUCCCUAGUUUUACAGGGAGGAAAAACUAAUCCCUUUGAUGAUGAUGGAGGCGAUAGGAACACUACUUCAUCUUCUUAUGCCCUUCAGUCAGCAAACCAAAACAACUAUAGGAAUGAUUUUCGUGACUCAGGAGGAAUAGAGAAUCAAUCAGUGCAAGAAUUGGAGAAUUAUGCUGUUUACAAGGCUGAAGAGACUACAAAAUCGGUCAAAAAUUGUUUGAAGAUAGCAGAGAACAUAAGAGAGGAAGGUACCAAGACUUUGGUCACUCUACACCAACAGGGUGAGCAAAUUACCAGGUCUCACCAUGUUGCAGUUGACAUCGACCAAGAUCUUAGUCGGGGAGAAAAGCUUUUAGGAAGUCUUGGUGGUGUCUUCUCCAAAACUUGGAAACCAAAGAAGACACGAUCAAUUACAGGGCCUGUUAUUGUUGGAGACGAUCAGGUCCGAAGAAAGGGCAGCCACUUGGAGCAGAGAGAGAAAUUGGGAUUGACUUCUGCACCCAGAGGGAAGUCAAACAUGCGAACAUCGCCUCCUGAACCAACCAAUGCUCUUGAAAAAGUUGAGAUUGAAAAGGGGAAACAAGAUGAUGCAUUGUCAGAUUUAAGCGAUCUCUUGGGAGAGCUGAAACAUAUGGCUGUUGACAUGGGAUCUGAAAUUGAGAGCCACAACAAGGCGCUGGGCCAUAUGUAUAACGAUGUGGACGAGCUGAAUUACCGUGUGAAAGGGGCUAAUCAACGUGGUCGCCGUUUACUGGGAAAAUAAGUUUCACUAAUUCCAUUGAGCCAUUCUCCUUCCUCAUUUCAGGGUUGUUCUUACUUCUUAUACAGUCAGGGAAUGGGGGUUAAUGCGUUGUUCUCCAUUUGUAUGACUCAUUUUAUAGUUCUAUCACAUAAUUUUUAUAUUGGACCACCUUCAACAGUGGUCGUGUACGGCUGUGCUUGAAGAGAAGACCAAUUCUUUAUGGCUGUCCCAUUUCAGAA